AUGUCGCGCGAGCAUACCGCGAACAGCUUCGCGUCCUUCGGCUCGGACUUCGACCUAGAGCACGAAGCUUUCGCGUCCACCAAAGAAGUCGGCCACAGUCCAAAGCUUCCAGAUAUGAAGGACAGCCUUGGAAAGUCCCGACGCGAAUCUGGUCAUGAAGAAGAACCCGACUACGCCAUUAACUCCUCCAUGCUGGAACGCUACUUCCCAGAGUUCUCGCAGGCGGGUUCAUCGGAGGAAGACGAUCUCCCUGAGGACGAUGAGUUCUCUGUAGAGGUCGGUCGGCCCGCAAAACCCGCGCGUCGUCUAGAUGAUUCGCGGAAUUCGUACAUGAGCAUCGAAAACAGUGUCCGAUCUUCGUCGCCCGCCGUGAGACUCGACUACCCUACCUUUACUCCCCAGAAGCCGGCCACGCGCAACACGCGCAGAGCAGCUAGUGAGAACCUCCGCAAAGAUGCUCAACUGAGACGGGCAAGUCUCGCUCAAAAAGAAAACGUCGACCCGCACACUUCUAAACCCAAGGCGAGCAGCCAACGGCGGACGCUAUCCGACAUGCAUGCAAAGGUACGCGACUCUUAUGAUGGCUCUUUUCUCGGCGAUGAAAGACCCCCGGCAGCCACGAAUAACGCGCGCGCGACGCGCUUUGGCAGCCACCAGAUUGCCGAUGCGGUGGAAAGAGCGUCGCAGGAAGCGUAUGCUCGGGAAAUCAGAAAAGGAAAGCAACCCGCCAGCUCACGGCUGGCGUACAUGAACACGGCUGGUGAUACUGCUACGCAACAGUCAUUUCUACUACCCGAUCUUCCCAAUCUCUCCGAAUUGGUUUCUGGUGUAUACGAAGAUGGCACGCCGGUUUUCACGCGUCAAAGUCGCGCACGAACAACACGUUUCAUGUCGCCUCCUCAUGAUGCUACCGACGUGUCGUUGACUCGUGAUCAUGUCCCUCUUGAUGCUGUCCCGAUCCCGGAAGAUGAGAAGGCUCUAUUUGUAUCCCUGAGGCUUCUACAGGAUAAGGUCUCUGAGCUUGAGAGAGCCAAGGCGGAAGCUGAAAGGAAGAUUGAAGAGGUUAAAAGCGAGAACGCUACCCUCAAGGCCGGCAAGCCUCGCGCAAAGGAUAAACAUAGCCGGACCAAAUACGACACCGAUGAGGAUGACCACCGUAAGGAUCGUCUGACCAAUGAGAACCGAAAACUUGAUGCCACCAACUUGGCUCUGCAGAACAAGCUGGACGUUGUAGAGCGCAAGGUAGAGAUCCAAGAGGCAGCAUUGAAGAGAUUGAACCGGGAACGCGAUAUGGCGGUUUCCCAAUUAGGGGUAGCUUAUCUCGAAUCCCAGGAUCUCAAAAAUGAGAUCGAGGACCUCCGCCACGAAAAUGCGGAGCUAAAAUCCCAACUUGUGAAAAUUGCUCCCUAUAUCUCAAAAAAGCGCGAAGAGACUCAACAAUCGGAACAGACGUCCGCAUCUGAAGCAAGCACUGAAGCCAGCCAAGAUAACACACAUAGCAGAAAUGUGAGUCGGGGAACUAAGGAGCUCACCAGUAAGAGUGCACGAUCGAGGACCGGGCGCCGAGAAGAUUCCAAGGCGAGAAUUUCCACCCAGGUUGACAACGAAAUCUCACGACUUGAGAAGGAGCGAGCGGAUGAAGCUCUCUUUACCAUUGAUGUACCGCGAUCGAAGGAGCCAUCUUCCAGUUCGAGCCGGUCAGGACAGCGUACCCAGACCAAGAAGUCAAACACAGGCAAGCAGCGUGUCAAGCGAGUGGUUGUGGAAGAAGUAGAUGUCACCGUUGAUACGACCGCUGAGGCUACCGGCAACACCAAGAAAUCGUCCAGCGCGGAGCAGGACCUGACCUUGCUGAGCUUUAUCGACGAACGUGAAAUUGCUCAGCUGCGAAAGACUCUAGAAGAAGAAAGAUUGGCGCGCAAACGACGACAAUCGAGUACCUCCAGGGAUCACACCUCUAACGAAACAGAGAACUCGACCCGUCGAAGUGUGUCUAAGUCGGCGGCGCCUCGGAAAUCGUCCCUAAAAGAACCCAAGGAUAUCCCUACGAGACCGGCCUCGGCUAUGGGCGACGUGACAGCGACCUCCAAAGCCAGUGAAGGGGACAGCAACUUAUCAGUGCCUAUUGAACGUCCUCGGCGACACUCCGACCACGCCGUUACCCCUCGCCGGAAGCGCCAAGUUUCCGAAGAUAUGACGUCGGCAUUCAUCCUGCCUGACAUCACGCUCCAUCGGGCUGACCUAGUAGCUGAAAAUCCGUCGCGUCUGCCUCAGUCUGCCCAACGGGCACUGGACAGCGCCACCCAACACAAUGGAAAGAACUGCACGGUGUGCAAGCGUUCUAUUCCCGGUGACUCUUGUGACCACACGCGAGAGUCGGUCAAGAUCCCUAAGCCUAUCCCGGUGUCGGAGCGUAUGCCAGAACCAUCCGUUUACAAUGAAGAACCUACCAUGCGCCCCGCACAACCGCCAGCGGUUGCCCUUGCUACAGUGCUCAAGGCGUUGGAGGACGAGCUUUCACAUCUGAAGAUGCAACUUCUAACGUACCAGGGGGCAUACAACAAACUAGACGCAUCCUUGAGCAAGCGGCAAAGGAAAUCGCUUUCUGCAAAGAUCGAGAAGCUGCUGAAGGACAUCGACAUGAAGGCCGACCAGAUUUAUGCAUUGUACGACGUGCUUGAGGGGCAGAAGAGUAAGGGUCAGGAGAUAACCGAGCAGGAGAUGGAGGUGACUCUCCAAUCGAUUGGCAUUGACGUGGGAGCGGCAAGAGCCGCUGAUGUGACUGCUACGACUGAUAAGUCGUCACAGAACAAUGCUACAGACUAUGAUAUUGAUGAUGAUGAGGACCUUCCAUGGGAAGGAAUUGAGAGCACGAUGGAUGUUACUGGUGGCAGCAAUCACAAUUGA